GUGCGGAGUUUGAAUCAUAUCCUAGGAGCACGGCAGAUAAGUGUCAGUGAAAAGGCUGCAAAAUGGAGAAGAAGUCAAGGAAGUUUAAGACUCCUCCUGGCUUUGUGGCGGCUGACGUAGAAGUGGAUAUUAUAACCUGUUUGGACAGAAAUGAAAGGGUCUUUCAAGCAAGAAUGCUAGAAAUUUUUCGAAAGUACGAUCGCCCUUUUGUCAAUAAUAUUGUUGUAAAUAUUCAAGAUUUUACAUAUAUGACAGCAGAAGGUCGACGUCCUUGGACCUUUGAAGCAAAUAUUUUUGAGGAUGGGGGGUCAGAAGAGUUUAGUAAAGAGGUCGUCAGUGAAACUGAAAACAUUGGUGUGGCUACUCCGUUAGUGCUGCCUAAGAAAAUGCCAUCCGUUAGAAAAAGUCAAGGUUUGAGUCCAAGGAAAUGGACAUCUUGUGAUUUACCGGUAGUGGUUAACUCACCAUGUUCAAAAAAGAAAUCAUCUACCACUUUUGAAGUUGAACCGUUUUAUGGCCAAACCACUGCCUUAAUGGAACAUAAUGCUAAUGAACACAAAGAAAUGUCACCACGAAAUAGUGGCUUGGGCGUUAUGAGAAAGAACAUGCCUGUUGCUUUGCCAGUCAACAUCACCAUUUACGAACAAAUGAAGAGAUUUAUGGAGCGGAACAACAAAGAAUGUUUUUCAGAGUCUUCGGGAAAGUACGCUGUCUGUCAAGAAGAUGGUAGUGGAUCUUCAGACCGUGAAGAAGCAAGCUACUCUGAACCAGGGAAUAAGACUCUUGGGGAUUAUUAUCCACAAAUGAUUGAGAACCUCUGCAGCCUAUUGGAUUUUCAAGUGAAAAACCAAAUAGCUGAUAAUAUUGUCCGGCAUUACAAGCGCCUCAUUUUGCGUAAGAAAAUAUUAGAAAUGAAAAUGGUUAACAGAAGCAUGUCCAGGUCUUUUAAUAGGACGUACACACUAUGCCCUGUACCCAGUUCAGAGGAAAUCGCGACUGCUCCUAAGACUUAUGUUUCCACACAGUUGCAGGAACCACGUUUGAGUUUAUUUUCGAAGCUAUGCAAAUAUGACAGACCAGCUGCCGCAGUCCCACCUCACGUGGACUUUCAGAACAAUGCUAGUAAGCCCUUUCAAUGUAUCUUAGAUAGUCAGACCAUACACAAGGACAGUCCCUUUCAGAGCCAACAGGAAAAGGAAAUGAAUGGUGCUAUGUCUCUUGGAUACAGCUCGGGAACAUCUCCCUCAUUUAAAAUGUGCAUCAGUCCAAGUAAGAGUAUAACCAACAAAAGCCAUAUAGAUAUUGCCAUAGCCCAAUCUCCAUACUGCAAAGACUCUAAAGACCUUCUUUCCCUGAGCAGAAAAAACGUCAUUUCUGGGAUUUCUAUGUUACACAGUCCUAAACAAAUGAUUGCCAAACCUAACUGCAAUAUGAGCGAAGAAUCAAAAAGCCCAAGGAACUCAAUGACCACUGACAGCCAGAGGGAAGUUGAUAGAAACGUUGCUAGUUUUUAUAAGGACCAUGUUAAGCAACCACCGGAAAGAACGAGCACUCUGACCAGGAGAAAUUCCAUCUCUGCAUUUUCCGGAGGUCACAGUAAAAAUGGGGAUUUUGAAAGUCUGUUUAGAAAUCUAACCAAAAAUGGACCCCAGCCAGUCAAUUCAGCCCAAAUUGAAUUAUCAAAAACUGCUUAUUCUUCAUUAGGUAAUUCUCCAGGAUCACUUAGAGCCAAACGAUUGCUAAGUCAUGAAUCUUUAGUUUCAACAUCAAAGAAACCCAGGAGAGUAAUCAGCAGCUUAAACUCAUCUUUUUCUAUGGACUGUAGUGAUUCGUUUGGCUUAGAACUAAGCUCUUCUCGUGCUCAGCAACAUUCAGCUGCUGCCUCACCUCUUCCACCUUAUAUGUCACCAAACAGUUCAGGGUCACACAGGUCCUCUUCCCCAAGGUUUAAUGGCAGAAGUCCUAAAAGAACAAGUGCAUGUGUACACAGGAAACUAAUUUACCAAGAAGACUAGGGCAGCAUGUCUUGAAGCUAAAAGGAAUCUCCUCAAAAGCAUCAUUUUGUAACUGAAAAGAGAAAUACUAUCCGCCUUAUGUACCUGUCUUAGUUCUUAUUCAUAGCAUGUUCCUACAAUCAGGCUUCAAGUUACACACGGGUAUUUUAAUUCUUUUAUCUCAAUAUUUGUAAAUGUGCAUUUAAUAUGCAGUGUUUCCAGCCAAAAAAGUCAAAAAGGCCAUAUACAUAUCAGUCAGUAUUUAGAACAGUUUGGUAAUGGUUAUACAGAGGUCAGCCAUUUUUGAAACAGGAAGUGUAGCCAUAUUGACAGGCAGCUUAAUUGGCUACCAACUGAUGUCAAGGGUAAGGCCUCCAGCACACGAACGUGUGCGCCCUGUGGCCAUGCUGCGGCCCGCAAAAUGCGGGCCACAAUGCACGAACACCGACCGUGGGGCAGCCGCAGCGGAUCGCGGACCCAUUCACUUUA